CCCCUCAAAAAAUUAUAAAAAUUGAAUGAUUUACUUCUACUUCUGGAUCAAAUAUGUAGCUAUCUGCAGUUGCUGAAUACUCACGCUAGUCUGGACAUUCGGAGGAUUCGGGAUAGAGAAAUAACUUCGUCCUGCUCUUCUUCCUAGCCCUGAUCAUCCUCAUCAACGCUGUUGUAGAGUUCAUUGGUGGAAUCCUCCUCGAAGGAUAUGUGCUUCAAAAUCUGUGAUUCUUACGAUCAUCGCUCAAUAUCUUCCUGACACCAAUAAUCGUGUUGGUCCUGAACGGAUUUAUCAUCAGAAUAGCUGAAUUGCGGAAUCAAUUCAGGCUCAAGGAGAAAUUGGCGUACAUAAACCCGAUGAUUUUCAUAAUAACCGGAACUUUCUUCCUUAAGUUUUGCUACAACCACAGCUUAUUCAUGGAAGAGUCAGUGUUAAUAAUGAGGAAGUACAAAAGGACUACCAGCUUCCUGUUCUGGAGACUCUUCUGCUCCUCCUACUGAGUGCUGGCUACAAUUCUGUUCUAUUCAUGGGCGAAAGGGAAUUUUUUGUUGCUCUCUGUGCUGUCCCACUCGCUCCUUACAUGGCAUUCCAUCUUAAAUGGGUCGAUUUUGAGUGAAGAAAUGCUGCUCUUCGUCAAUGCUACUAUGUCGUUGUUGCUAAUCAAGAACCAAGUCUUCCUCGGUGAUAUUGAGGAGAGCAGGGAGAAGCUUGAUCGUUUUUUCAAUUACAACUUUCUGUACUUCCAAGAUGACUAAUUCAAUCUAAA